AUGCCCUCCCUCUCUCAUCUCGGCGAGAUUAUUACUUUGCCAAAUUCGUUUUCAUCAUCGGCUGAGAGACAAGAGGUGAUGGAACAAUAUAAACAACUACGCCUAUAUGGUCUCCAAGCCAAUCCGGAAGCUUUCUCUUCCACAUACGAGGACGAAUCUCAAUUCUCCGAUGAAGUGUGGCUCUCGCGAAUUCAAAAUCCAGCAGGCAGAAAUUAUGCCGCUGUGAGCUGUAUCCACGAUCCCAGUGAAGUCACGCCAGCCACAGAUCUCGCCCGCGGCGAUGAUGAAAGUUGCGGCAUCUGUGACUCGCCUCAGAAAGAAUGGCUCGGUAUCGUGACAUUGUUGGGGCCCAGCAUCUUUCCCAGAUUUGACGAGGCCUCGACGCCAGACAUCACCCAACCUUACGAAGUCUUCGUCCACAACGGGAGAUAUCAUAUCCCCUUUACCGCUCCCAAUUCAGCCGAGUUGCGAGGUGCGCAUCUGGUUUACCUGGUUGUGGGCAUGUUCGUCUCUCCCACGGCCCGACGACGGCGAUACGGCCAGCGUCUCAUGGAAGCGGUAAUCGCAGCAGCCACUCAGGAGGGCGAGGCAGUCGGAGCGGAAACGGUCAGCAUCACGCUCCAGGUUGAGACAUUGAACUCCCGUGCUCAGCGACUCUACGAGAGACUAGGGUUCAAAGUGGUCAACACCUCUUUGGAGAUCGAGAACCAUGGGGGCUCAAAAUCUUAUGUAACAUGCUUAGAGUUGGUCAUUAGAAUAUCAAAGUGUCGCUAG